AUGUACAAGAGAACGCUGAAUAAUAAGUCGUCAGUGCAGGGGGAGGGCUACGGUCUCCCGAACAGGAGGGAUGCUGGGUUAAGGCAGGCUGGUGGUGGUGGUGGUUAUGUAGCAGCCGGGGUAGUCCCCGGAACAAAGAACUACAAUGUCGGCGGAGCGUACCAGAAUUACCAUCCGACACUGUACCACACUGCGAACAACCAGACUCUGUACCCUGUGGUCAAUCAGUCGAUGAACCAUCCAUCGGUGUACCACGCUGCAAACCAACCUAACUACACAACGUAUCCUACUGUGAGGCAGCCACGGCGACAGGUUAAAGAAGCUACGGCGGCAGUAUCUGCACCUACGGUUCCAUCCAGCUCCGGUGACUUAGCGUGUAUUCUAAACAGAUACUUUACAGAGGAUAUCGUGCAGCUAGACAGGUUAAGGGGCGCCGAUGGGAAGUUAAGACCUCUCGUUGCCUCUGUCAAGCGGCAGUCGAAACCGGGCAACAGCGGAAACUGCGUCAAGUUGCUGAGACCGUUGGAACGCCACACGAAGCAGCGUACCACGGCUCUCAAUUCUUUGUUUGUGAGCAAAACAAGCUCUAUACGGGGCGAACCGUUGCUGCUCUUUGCUGGGAAGAGGCCCGUUUACACUCUAUCGGACUUGCAAAACAUGGAACUAGUCAAGGGGGCAGACCGACCUACAGAAACUGUCGAACCGCGACAAGUGGAGGAGAAGAAUGUCACUGGGUCAAAGAGACCAGUGGACCAAGUGGCCAGCGGAGGGGGCCACAACGACAGCUUCGAUCUCAGUUUCGACGGCAAAGCCAUGGACAGAAGCGAUAUAUUCCGUAUGGUCGAUUCCUUCAGUAUAGCUCCCGAUGAGGAUGACGAUGAGGACCCAUCUCCUACGGGCAGACAAGUCCCGCGAAACAUCCUCCCAGCUGAAAUAACCAACGACUCGUUCUAA